CAGGCAUUCGCACCUCCACAAACAGACACUCGCAUCCAUCAGGUUCAAUCCUAGCCGCAUACCCUUCCUUCGUAAAUCUCGAUCCUCCCCAACAAAUUCGAUUCUCCACAUCACCGCAUCACGCCACCUCACACCAUGGGCGAGGCGCAACCGACGCUCCUCCCGCCGAGCUGGGGCACUUUAACCCCCGCGACGCCCUCGGGCCUCACACCUAACACGCGCUCAGAAGCCGAAGCCGCCCUCACGCAUAACAUCACUACACAAACCGACUCAGCGGCUCCUACUACACCACUACCAGCGUCACACACAAACAUGUAUCCAGGCAUGGGCGCUGGAGGCGGCAACACGAUGGACGGCGAAGCCGACGACCGAGCCACCGAGGCGCAGAAGGCAUAUCGACGACCGCCGGGCCUGGUUCGAACAAGUUCAGCGAACUAUGCGCACGCGCUGCAGCAGGCACGUAAACAAUCCUCGGCUUCCUCAGAGCUCGAUCCGGAUACUCAGGCGCACGACGAGAACAUUACCGGCACCAUGACAGCUUCGCCAGCCUCCACGGCUCUACCCUUCCCAUUGCCGGGCCAGGGAGUAGUUCCACUGCAUACGGGCGUCGGUAGUGGGCAGACUGAGGUGGUCAAGAAGGCCAAGCCGAGCGGAUUGAGCUUGGGUCAGUUGAUGAGGCAACAGAGUUUCAGCGAGCAGGACAUGAAGCAUCUUCUUCAAGGUAGACUGAUGAGCCCAGUCAAGGGAGAUGCGGGGUAUGACUCUGGUACCGAAGAACGGACUGUGGGCCCAUCCUGAGGACGCACAUGGCGCAGGUUAAGCCAUCACACAUUGCAGAAAGUACAUACUGCAGGCUGCAUGCAUACGACGUGACGGGCAGGAAAUUGCCAGGCUGGCAUUAAUGUAUCACGAAACAACAAUACAUAGGCGUUUGAAUGGGUGGGCACUGGGCUCAAUACGUCACUCGGUCAAUCAUGAAUCAGGUCAAAAGCGGCCUUAUGGGAGGUUCAUUUAGAGAACAAAGCAAAUCAAGACUCGUUAUGGUCCCAAGCGCUUCACAUCUGCCCAACCUAAUUUACGAGCA